UUGUGUGUUGUUUUCUGUACUCUUGGCUAAAUGAUGCAUACUAAAAUCAAGAUGUAGUCUUGGCUAUAUAUGAACAGGCAAAUGAGGGGAGAGGAGCUUCAAGAAUUGAGUAUUGAAGAGUUGCAGCAGUUGGAGAGGUCCCUUCAAAUAGGUUUGGGCCAUGUUAUCAACAAUAAGGGUGAAAAGAUUAUGAAGGAAAUAAACCAGCUUCAAGAAAAGGGAGUGCAUUUAAUGGAAGAAAAUGAACGAUUAAGACAGCAGGUGGUAGAGACAUCAAAAGGUCAGAGAUCGAUGGCAGUAGCUCCUGGGGAUUCAGAGAACCUGUUGAACCAGGAAGGCGGCCUAUCCUCUGAGUCUGUCACUAAUGCUUGCAAGUAUCCUGGCAUCCCACAAGAUUAUUAUGAACAUUGUCAAAUAUAA